GAUACGGUUGUUGUAUAAACGACGUUGUGAUUAGAUACAAUAGCAACAUCAUUAAAGCACAACCAGGUCCUGUACCAAUUUUUAGACAUAAAUAGGAAAGAUAUUUUUAAAAAAAUGACUCGCCAAGCCGAUGCGCAGAAGUCGAUGAAUAAGCUGUCUGGGAACGGACAGGUAGAGAAGGUUGUUGAGCUUCGUUCUUACGAUGCCGAGGCGGUACAAAUUCGAAUGGCCAAGCUGCGUGCUGAAGUCGCGCAGAAAAAAGCCGCUGAACUGAAGAAAGCUGAGGAACUUGCCGGUGUCCACGUUAAUAACGCGGAUGUAAAGCUUUUCGCGACCGAGAUGUGUCUCGACGAAGACGUCGCGCGCUCUAAGCUGCAAGAGAAAGGAGGAGAUUUUGUGGCCGCGCUACGUGAAGCGGUGAAUCUCCACAAGGUGAGAUUUUAGAAAAUAUUGAAUGCACAAAGACGGAUCGAUAUACCCCUUAUCACCCCACGAACGGUAAACAUUCAUAUUGAUUCUUGUUGUCAUUGUUGCAUGUCUCCUUUUCCCAACCUUACAGAGGGGCCUAUAUUGACGCCUCUAUUGUUCUAUCAAUACUUCUAAUUUCACAUAAGCUCAUACCAUAACAUGGGGUUUGAUAUCGAAGCCCACACAUAUUAAAAUAUAAUCGAAAUCUUGUUUAAAACAUCUUGGAUUUGAUAAUAUAAAUAUUUAAGUACGAGCUCUUUGAGUAUAUUGUCGCAGUCAGAUGAAUAAUUCUCCUAACCCUUUCUCAACCCCUCACUUCAGGGUACUUCUGUUCUGUUUAGACAAAUAUAUUGAAUCCAUGUUUUAUGUAAAUGGAAAA